UUCCCUCCCGCCCUCACGCCGUGUCAGCCGUGCGCGCGCACCCGCCCGCCCUCUCGCUGCCGGAAUGUGGGCGACGCUGUCCCGGCCCUGAGGCGGCUGCGCGGCCCCGCCGGGCUGGAGGCAGCGGCAGCGCGGGGAGGACGGCCCGGCUGCACCGAUUCUGGUGGCAGGAGGAGAAUAGUGACCUGAGAUGGAAGUCAAAACAUCAUUUAGCAAAGCCAGCAGGAUUCCUGAGACCGUAUCCACAUUAAUUAAUGAAGAAUUUGUCUUGGUUCAUCAGAAAUCUGAGAAUGCCUCUGGAAACGAUGAGAGGCCACAGCUAAAGGUAUUUUCAGACGGAGAUGAGGAGUUGGAGAAGGCAAUGGAAGAGAUACUGCGGGAUUCUGAGAAAGACCAGUAUGUCACUGCGCUCCCAGAAGGAUUCAGUGAUGGCAGUGGCCAGGCAGCUGCAGAUGGGUCAGCAGGACAAACAACCCAGCCCUCUUUGCAGCUUGUUUUAGACCCCUCUGCUACAGAAAUCUCUGCACUGAGGCCAUCUUCUCCCAGUGAACCCCUGGAAGAGGACAGCGUGUUGUUUAACAAACUGACGUAUUUGGGUUGUACAAAGGUGUCAGCCCCACGGAAUGAGCCAGAAGCUCUACAAGCCAUGGCAAGCAUGAAGUCCUCAAGUCAAGCCCCUUUACCUGUAACGCUCUAUGUUCCAAACAUUCCAGAAGGCUCUGUAAGAAUAAUUAAUCAAUUGAGCAAUUUGGAGAUAGCCUCAUUUCCCAUCUAUAAGGUGUUGUUUUGUGUGAGGGGGCAAAAUGGAACUUCAGAGUGUGACUGCUUUGCAUUUACUGAGAGCAGCUGUGGGACAGAAGAGUUCCAGAUCCAUGUUUUCUCCUGUGAGAUUAAAGAAGCUGUCAGCCGAAUUUUGUAUAGUUUCUCCACAGCAUUCAAACGUUCUUCCAAACAAGCAUCUGAUCAUGUGAAGGACUUUGUUCUUCCCACACCAGACAGUGAUGUGUACACUUUCAGUGUCUCCUUAGAAGUCAAAGAAGAUGAUGGAAAAGGAAAUUUUAGCCCUGUGCCAAAGGAUAGAGAUAAAUUGUACUUCAAGCUUAAACAGGGAAUUGAGAAGAAAGUGGUGAUCACAGUUCAGCAACUUUCCAACAAAGAACUGGUAAUUGAAAGGUGCUUUGGGAUGUUGCUAAGCCCUGGACGAAACGUAAAGAACAGUGACAUGCAUUUACUAGACAUGGAAUCCAUGGGAAAGAGUUCUGAUGGGAAGGCUUAUGUCAUUACUGGAAUGUGGAAUCCUAAUGCACCCAUGUUUCUAGUACUUAAUGAGGAAACUCCAAAAGAUAAGCGUGUGUUCAUGACUGUGGCUGUGGACAUGGUUGUUACUGAAGUGGUGGAGCCAGUCCGGUUUCUGCUGGAGACCGUGGUGCGUGUGUAUCCUGCCAAUGAACGCUUCUGGUACUUCAGCAGGAAAACCUUCACAGAAACUUUCUAUAUGAAGCUAAAACAGUUUGAAGGAAAAAGCCAUACAAGUGCUGGAGAUGCAAUUUAUGAAGUUGUCAGCCUGCAAAGAGAAUCUGCCAGAGAGGAAGAAUUAGUCACCCCAACAAGUGGAGGAGGGCCUAUGUCAUCCCAGGAGGAUGAGGCAGAAGAAGAGAGUGAUAAUGAACUCUCCAGUGGCACUGGUGAUGUGUCAAAGGAUUGUCCUGAGAAGAUUUUGUAUUCCUGGGGAGAGUUACUGGGGAGAUGGCACAAUAACCUUGUUGUGAGACCAAAUGGGCUGUCCACUCUGGUGAAGAGUGGUGUUCCAGAAGCUCUGAGGGCAGAGAUCUGGCAGCUGCUGGCAGGAUGCCAUGACAACCAGGCAAUGCUGGAUAAAUACAGAUUACUCAUCACAAUGGAUUCAGCUCAGGAGAGUGUCAUCAAACGAGAUAUCCAUCGUACCUAUCCAGCACAUGAUUAUUUUAAGGAUACAGAAGGAGAUGGUCAGGAAUCUCUGUACAAAAUCUGUAAGGCCUAUUCUGUCUAUGAUGAAGACAUUGGCUAUUGCCAGGGACAGUCCUUCCUUGCAGCUGUGCUUCUGCUUCAUAUGCCAGAGGAGCAGGCAUUCUGUGUAUUUGUGAAAAUAAUGUAUGACUAUGGCUUGAGGGACCUCUACAGAAAUAACUUUGAAGAUCUCCAUUGCAAAUUUUUCCAACUGGAGAAGUUAAUGCAGGAGCAGUUACCAGACUUGCACAGCCACUUCUCAGACCUCAAUUUGGAAGCUCACAUGUAUGCAUCCCAGUGGUUUCUCACUCUUUUUACUGCCAAGUUUCCACUCUGCAUGGUCUUCCACAUCAUUGACUUACUACUUUGUGAGGGUAUGAACAUAAUCUUCCAUGUGGCUUUGGCUCUUUUAAAGACCUCCAAGGAGGACCUUCUACAGGCUGAUUUUGAAGGAGCUUUAAAAUUCUUCAGGGUUCAGUUGCCCAAGAGGUACAGAGCUGAGGAGAACGCCCGGAGACUCAUGGAACAAGCUUGCAAUAUUAAGGUGCCAACGAAAAAGCUGAAGAAAUAUGAGAGAGAGUACCAAACAAUGCGAGAGAGCCAGCUGCAGCAGGAAGAUCCUAUGGACAGAUACAAGAGGGAAAACCGCAGGCUCCAAGAAGCAAGCAUGAGGCUGGAGCAGGAGAACGAUGACCUCGCCCAUGAGCUUGUAACAAGCAAAAUUGCCUUACGGAAUGACCUGGACCAGGCUGAAGACAAAGCAGAUGUUUUGAACAAGGAACUUCUCCUGACCAAACAGAAGCUAGUGGAGACUGAGGAAGAGAAAAGGAAGCAGGAAGAGGAAACUGCUCAGCUGAAGGAAGUCUUCAGAAAGCAGCUGGAGAAGGCAGAAUCUGAGAUCAAGAAAACCACAGCCAUUAUUGCAGAGUAUAAACAGAUUUGUUCCCAGCUGAGUACCAGGCUGGAAAAACAGCAAGCGGCCAGUAAAGAUGAACUGGAAGUUGUGAAGGGUAAAGUGAUGGCCUGCAAACACUGCAGUGAGAUUUUCAGCAAGGAGGGGACACUGAAGGUGCCUGCUGUAAGCACAGACAACAAAGGCAUCGAAACAGAUGAUGAGAAGGAUGCACUGAAGAAGCAACUGAGAGAGAUGGAGCUGGAGCUUGCACAGACCAAACUGCAGCUUGUGGAAGCCAAGUGCAAAAUUCAGGAGCUGGAGCACCAGAGAGGAGCCCUUAUGAAUGAAAUCCAAGCUGCCAAAAACUCUUGGUUUAGCAAAACGCUGAACUCUAUCAAAACGGCCACAGGCACACAGGCACCGCCGCAGCCGCCCCUGCCUCCCCGAGAGGGCAGCACAUAGUUCCAGCCACAGCCGGCUCAAGAGCACAAAGAACAACACAGCUGAAACCUUGGAGGAUUCUUCCAGUGGUCUCUCCUCCUGGGCAAAGGACAAUGAGGCAGCAGUGCAGGCUUGAAGUGAAAUUCUUCAGUGUUUUUCAUUCAUUUUCUGAUGUGACCCUUUUCAAAGGGGGGAGGAAAAAAAAAAAAAAAAAGUCCUGGUUUAUGUUGAAUUCCUACUUCCCAUACUGCCUUGCUGAAAGCCACGUUCUGAUACCUUCAUACUUUUACACUUUAUUUUAUAUGACUAGAUGUUAAAUAAAUAUUUCAAAACUAGGUCUUUAAUACACAUCUAAUUUGAAAUUAUUUUUGUCUUGCAUAGAAGGUUUUUCUUCUUCUGGAGGAAGAGAAUGGAAAAUGUACAGUACUGCAGCAUAAUCUCUCCCUAGAAAGCACAGAGUAAGACAUUGAGGAUAACUUAGGCCCUGGGACCAUCUCAGAAGUUUAUCACAGCAACUGCAUCCUGCAGAGAAGCACUUUUUGUAAAACUUAGGCUAUAGCAAAUAUAGGCUUGUGCUCUCCUGGCCCAAUUGCUAUGAGCUUCCCUUACAACUUCUUUGUUUGGAUUGGUUUUUCUUCAGAAAUACAAGUAGUGCAGUUUUUGUAACACUGUUGUUUAAAGGCUGUUUACAGCCCAACUGGAAUUUAACAUAAAGUUCCCUAGUUCUCUUUUAAAUUCAUGUUUAUAUUAAGAAUUCCAAGGAAUAAUUCCUUCCACUGGGAUAAAGGGAGAAUCGUUUUGACACUUAUUUGAUGUUUCUGCCGAGAAGCAGAGUGGAGACCUUGCAUGGUUUUGAUCUUUCAUAAAUCCUGUGCAAUAAAGGGUAGGUUUUAUGAAUAAAAGUAAUGAAAGUCUUGCCCUGGGACUAUAUUCAGAUUCCAAAUUUGACACAGAAAUGAGGUAUCAAAAAAAAAAAAAAAAACCACACCCAAGGCUUGUGCUGCACUGAUGAAUAAAAUACCACAGAAACAAGAUCUGUUUGCUAGAAGUGUUUGGUUAGGAAACACUUUGUUGGUAUUACUUAUUUUUAUAAAAACAAGCAUUUUCAAGUGGAAUACAAGCCCUAGACUUUCCUGUGGGGGUGGACGUCUCUGGUGAUUCCCAAACAUGUCUGGUUGUUUUAUAUCUCGUAAGGUAAGAAAGUUCAAAAGCAUUUGUUUUGACUAAACAUAAAGUGUUCAUAGAAAUACUUAUUUCAUGGAAAAUUAAACUAUUGCUUGAACUGAUGGAAUAUUUUUUUAAUUAUAUGUGUCAUGUCUGAAGAUGGUCUUGCAGGUAAAUGUCAUUGCUGGACUAAAUGUUGUGUAUUAAUUGUUUCAUUUACAAGAUUUUUCCAGGGACACUAGUUCUGUUUUGAUUUUUUUUUUAAUUCUAAGGAAUGCCAUACAUUGUCGGUUUUGUACAAUAAAAUUUAAUAAUACCCAUCUUGUGCUUUGUUGUCAAGCAUAAUUGUGAAUUAUUUUCAACAGGGUAGUACAAAUUUAAUGUUAGCAGUGCCAAAGGAAAAAUUCCAAAAGGCAGUCAGCUGAUAGAAGAAGAGAUCAAAAUAUAAUCACCAUCCUGACACAAUUCUCUCUUCUAAGAAUAAGGGGUUAAAAAACUUUAAUAUUUUAAAAUGUACCUUCAAGAACAGUGAUUAUCUGGAAUUAUUAAUACAGCAAGGAACAAAAGGAGGAAAAACAGAUGGUAUUUCUUUUGCAAAUGUUAUCAAAGGUCUUUUUCCCUUGUCACUGUCUUGCUCAUAAUAUUUGCAUAAAUGUUUCCAUUCUCUCGACUGACUAAAGCCAGUGUUAGUCAUUCACUUACCAGUUCCGCUUCACAUUCAGAAUGUGAAUCUGAAUUCACAAUAAAUCUGAAGUGACAUUUAAGGAUACCUGGUGAACAUCUGAUUGUUGAAUUUGAGAGUACUGUGACCAUGAGGGAAAGUGGUUGUUUGACAAGUGUCUGAAUGUCUCAUUUCAUUUAUCUUAAAUCAUACUUACAAGUGGAUUUAAAACCAUUAUUGGAAAAGUUCAGUAAGAAUGAGUAAAGAAAUGUGUUAGGCUGUGAUUCCCUGAGCAGAUGAGUUACAAGCUCACUCCUGCUCACCCCUCCAACCCCACAGUGUACAGUCCUGUCCCUUGUCCUUGUUGUAGUAUGUACUGGGUAAUUAAAAACAACAACAAAAAAAGCUGUGGGUGGAUUUAUCCCCCUACAGUUCAUCUUUUGUCAAGUGAAUAAGUUAAAUCACUUCAGAGGGUCCAGUGAGCAGAUCAUGGGAGUGGGACUUCCCCAAUUCAUCAAAAAGGAACUGGUAAAUAAGGUUGCUGUGUUUCACAGAAUGAGCUUUGAAGCAUUCAUUUUCUCACUGUAGCUGCUUUCUGACUUUGGAAGUUGAGUUUCAGGAGCAAAACCACAUUUGCUAUGUGCUAGCCAUGAUGAUUUCAAACCCUUGUAAGGAUGGAAGCUGGCUUACCUCACCCAAAGGAAGUUUCAGAAAGCAAUGACCCUAAAAGGCAGUAAAGAAUUUCCACCUUCCAGCUGUAGAUCCAAGGUAGCAUUUGUAGCAAUGGCAUUUGGAAGAGUAAUACUUAGGUGGAAACUGCAUCUUCUCAGCAUUACUGAAAGAGUAAGAAAAUAACUUUAUGGCAUUUUCUUAAUGAAUAUUCAGAAUGAAGGAGAAGAGCAGGACUCCAUGAUUAAACCAGGCAGGCUAAAACUCUGUCUGCUGACUAUGGAUGGUGUUGGGAAAUUUAGUUUCCUGCAAGAAAAGAGAUCUCUGUGUCACAGAACUACCUACACGCAUAUCCUUGGUGGGUUUGUCAGGGAUAGCUGGUAAUUGCUCAGCUUUUCAGCAGGAAACAUCAUCAAGGUCUCACUGAAACUGUUGUUUCCAUAUGGCACUGCAACCGCUAACAUAACCGCUAACAUAACUCCUAAGUCUGGAGUGAUCAACCUUUUUUCCCUGAGUCUGUAGUAAACUAUGUGUUCAGAUCAAACUUUUAUUAAAAUUAAUUUGAAUUUUAUAUAUGUGGAACUAAAACCUAUUUUUAAAUUUUUAUUGAGAAUACAUCAUUCUGAAAUAAAGUCUUUGCUUUGAUUAUUUGAUUAGGAACAAACCUCCAAAGAAUAUUUUUACUACAACUUUUGUCUUGUAGGACUAUAAACUCUUCCUGAGAUGCCCAACAUGGGAGGUGAAAAAGAAAAAAAAAAAAAAAAGGUCCUUCUUUUCACUUUAAAAAGUUGGUUUUCCUUUGACUGUAACACUUUACAGGCUAAAUGAAGCAAGGCUGAUUUACUUACGUGGUACAUCUGUGAACUAGUCUCGUAUUAUCUUUGUGAACCAAACUUAAUAUUCUAAAGUAAAAGGACUUAUUCCACUUAGUUUAAACUUCUAAAUGUACCUGAAGAGGAAUAAAAAGAAAAAAGAUAGAAAAUACCAUGGGUGGAGAAGCCAAGAAACUGUGAAAUCCCUGAGGUCUGUCUGCAUUAGGGUUUGGGAGAAACAGUCUUAGGAAAGGUAAUCAGCCAUAUAAUCAGUACUACCAGUGGUCAAACCCACCCUUGUCCUGUCCAUUAAUGAGGAUUUAAUUUGCUACAGCUGAGUUACAUUGCUACAACUAAGCUAAAGUGCUUACAUAGGUAAGCAGUAUUUUUUUUCCUUUGUUAGAUGUUUUAAAUGACUUCUCUUAGUUGGCCCUUGAAAUUUCUUUGAAGAUAAAUGAUCAUCUCUGCCACUGUGUUAAGAACAACUUGAAAUAAAACCAGCUGUUUACAAGGGGAGAUGGAGAUAAAAAGUCAAGAAUUGCAAGAGUUCAGCCCCUUUCACAAAGCAUGAAGUAUCCCAUUGACUUCAGGGUUGUGAUGCUACUCAUUGACUAAACGUGGCAGUUUAGGAGUAAAUAAAAAUCUGCAUUUACUGGCAUUAAAUUAUCAACAUUUGGAAGUCACAUGGCCAUGCUGUCUCCACAGGAUCAAGGUGGGGCUGUUCCCUUCCUUCUAUGAAGUAGCUGCAGUGAAAUCCAUGAAACUACUUGUAUGUGUGGGAGAACUAUAAUCAGGUGAUUUUCAUUUACUCAGAGGAUUUUCAUUUACAGUUAGACUCAGGGAUAAUUGGCAACUUCUGCACCAUCUCCUCUAAGCCUAAACACCCUUGGCUUUGAUACCAGAAGCACUCUUACCUUACAGUGCUGGUGUUCUUCCAGCUGCUAGAGAGAAAACCGUAGGAAGUGUCAUGUCUGAUGGAUUGUGAAGAGAGGGCAGAGAUGUUCCCCUCAGGUCUGAGGGAUUGCUGUGGCUGACAAGCACUCCCUGUCCCUGCUGGACCCUGCUGAGGGGGCUGCACCAGAUGUGCAAACACAGAGGUUAAAACUAACUUACUUGUCUGUCUAUUGUGCCAAUAUCUUACUGGGAACUGUCCCAUUAGCUCCUUCCAGGUAAUAACACUAAGAGAGACAUGAUGAAACACUCAAGUUUGGAUCUCUCAAGUGUUAGGUGAGGUGUAUGUCACAGCAGCUUUUAGAACUGAGCUAAUCCAUAGGUGGCUUUUGGGACAUGCAAGGAAUUUGCAAUUGGAUUAAUAAUGCUCAGCAUUGACCAAGACCUUAUCCUUCCCAGGUCAGAAGUCUACACAAUUUAUUUCAGGAUUGUGACUUAACACAUACAGGUCAAUUCUCCAGGAAUACAGGGCUCUCCAUUUCUCCUGGGUCCCAAUGGCUUUGCUACUGAAUGUAUUUCAUGCUAUUUUUACCUGAAAAACAAAAAAUGGGUACAGAAUUAGGAUAUUACUUUUUAUUAUUUUCUUAUUCAGUGUGACUUGCUUUUAUUUAACCUGUAAAGGAAUAUAUAUGUAUCUUUGGAGAACUAUAUCUUACAAACAGAAUAAUAUAUAAGAAACAGAACAACAAGGGGAUAAAUACAUCAGAAGGAUUUGGUAUCAUAAAUUUGAUUUGAUACCACCAGAAUCCUGGGCUGUACUAAUUUCCUUACAGUUUCUCUUAUCUUUGUAUUUUAUAUAAUACAUGGAUGGUACUACCAAUGCAAACCACAGCAGAUGCUUCCAAAUUUUUCUUCAGAUCUCAAUUUCAGUAAUUCCUGGGUUUGCAAUUCUGCUAUACCACCCUCAAAAGCUGUGCCAGGAGCUCUAUUGAGCUUGGGGAGCUUUUGCUUUCCCAUGGAAGAAGAUUCUCUGGCUUCUUUGAACUGGGAAAAGAUGCCAUAUGAAUGCAGAAAAGUUUCUAAUCAAGCAUAAUCCAUCUAUCUCCCUCUGUGUCUGCCAUUAAGGUGGAUUUGCUCCAGCACACUGAAAACAGAGCGGCUCCAAAGCUCUGACUCCAUUAUAAUGAAGUUUUCCAGAUUUGGGGUUGCCUUUUGAUCUGGGUGCGUCCCAAGUUCACAAAUCCUGAAGAGUUAGGAAAAAAAGAGCAUCAUAGAGAGGUCACACUUCCAACUGAGAACCAUUCAGUACUACCACUACUUGGGCAACACAUCCAUGUAUUAUAUACAGUACAACAUGAAAAUAUAAGUGUAAUGCUUGUUAUUAAAAGUGCAAUUCAAUGUACCUGGUCACAACAAAUGUUUACUUUUUUAAUUGUUACAGAAUUGUUCAGAUCAGUACCUUGUUAUCAUUGUGUGAACGAUGCCUUGUAAAAUAAAUGGAAAUGGAAAACAA